AUGGAGCUGCUGGAGCACAAAGCUGCAGAGCUGUGCAGCUGCUUCACCCCCGGCCUCCUCCGGGCCUCCUCCCGUCCCGCCGCGCUCCAAGGGAAAAGGGAAAUUGGCGAAGUUCAGCAGAAAAAAUCAGCAGCGGAGAGGCAGCAAGCGCCCUGCCCCCGGCUGCUGUGCGCGGAGCUCUCCUUGGCUAAAUUUUCACCUGCACCAGCCAAGGAGCAGCUCUUGGAAAUGAAGAGUAUCAGCAUGGAGCUGCCCAGUAAGCUCCCUCCACGUCGGCUGGUCCCGCGCACCUCCUGGGCAUCCCCAGGCCGCAGGAGCCGACCCCCGCCCUCCGCCCUCUUCCCAGCCCGUGGCGGAGCGCGGGGGAACCUCCACCCCGCUGCGCUUCUCCCCUUCACCCCUUCCUUUCUCUGCCGCUUUGACGCCUGGGCAGCUCCCAGCCGCGCCGAGGCGCCGAGAGACCGGACCCGCCCUGCCCGGCGCGCCCCGCCCCGCCACACGCCAUUGGCCGGAAAGGGCUACUGCCGGCAGCGGAUUGGCUGGAAGUGGCCGGGGGCGCAGCGGCGGUCGCCAAUGAAAGGCGGCGGGCGAGGCGGCGGGGCCCGAGCAGCGGCGGGAGCCGAGCGGAGCAGGAUGGAGCCGAGCGCAGGGCUGCAGGAGCUUUUUGGCUUCCCCAUGAAGCCCAACCUGGGCCAGAACUUGGCAGCGCUUCCAGUUGCUCUGGUGUCACCGAGCCAGGCGCCAGGAAGGGCUGCGCCGUGCCUGCGCUGCCGGGGCACCUGCCCAGGCUUCGAGCCACACUCCUGGAGGAAGAUCUGCAGGUGCUGCAAGUGCAGCCAGGAGGAGCACAGCCUGAGCUCGGAGCUGGAGGAGGACCUGAAGGUGGGGAGGCUGCUGAGCGGCUCCAGGUACUCCUGGCUGACCACGCGGCCCAAGGGUGCCGGGGGCCUGCGGCUCUACAAGCGGAACCGCAUGAUCGUCACCAACCCCAUUGUGACCCGCAAGGACCCCUCCUUCCACACCAUCACCUACGAGUGGGCACCUCCAGGCCUCACUCAGAAGCUGGCCACGCAGUACAUGGAGCUGAUCCCCAGGGAGCUGCAGCCGGUGGCGGGCACGGCGGGGGCACGGCAGCGGCGGCGCCAGCUGGCCAGGCAGCUGCCCCUGCACGACCAGGACCCGGCCCAGUGCCGCGGGCUGGCCCCGGGGGAGCUGCAGCUGAUGGAGGACUUCGUCAGCAAGUACAAGGCCGAGGCCAUGGGCGUGGGGGAGGUGGCACUGCCGGGCCAGGCGGGCGGCACGGAGCAAGGCAAGCCCGCGGACGGGAGCCGCGCCGCGCCCGACGCCGCCAACGGCGCCCUGCAGCCUGCAGCAGGACACUACCAGUGCCAGGGCUGCCAGCAGGCGGUGCCCGCCGACUGCCCGGUGGUGUACGCCGAUCGCGCUGGCUACGGGCACCUCUGGCACCCUGCCUGCUUCGUCUGCUGCCGCUGUGCCCAGCCCCUGGUGGACCUCAUCUACUUCUGGAAGGGAGGAGCAGCCUGGUGCGGGCGGCACUACUGCGAGAGCCUGCGCCCGCGCUGCGCCGGCUGCGACGAGAUCAUCUUCUCAGAGGACUACCAGCAGGUGGAGGGCAUGGCCUGGCACAAGGAGCACUUUGCCUGCCUGGAGUGUGAGACACUGCUGGGUGGCCAACCCUUCGUGCUGGCCAAGGGCAGCCUCCUGUGCACCACCUGCAGCCACAGCAAGCAGCUCUGAGCUGCCCUCCAGCUGCCGCCGGGCUUGGGGGCAGGGGCACCAGAAGCAGAAGGCUGAAGCCUGGGUAGAAGCUCUUUGCUGGCUUGCCAGCAGCCAGGCACUGCCCUGCAGGAGGCUGUGUCCCCAGGGGGAGGACAGCAGGGGAGCUCCAGCUGCUCUGGGAGGUUUCUUGGUGCAGGAGGAGAGCUUCUGCUGCUUGGGUUUCACAAAGUCUCUCUUCUCUCCAAGCUGCUUCUGACUCUGACCUUGCAAUAGUCCUUUGGAAACAGCACAUCUCAAAAGUGACUUCUGGCCUCCUGCCCCUGCAGUGGGGUCCCAGCUGGUGGCUGUGGAGAUCCACACUGGAAGUCUACCCAAGCAGGCUGCUGCCACUCCCACCAGAGCCAUGGCUCUGAGGAGCUCAGCUGGGGGAUGGUCUCUGAGAGCAAAGGGGAGAAGGUCACAAAGUCACAGCCAGGUCUAGCUGCAGCUUGCUCCUCCUUGGCAAUGGUGAGACCCAGCUGGGGGACAGGGGGGGGAGGUCUAACGUGGGGAGAUGGGAAGGGAGCAGCUCAAGCCAUGGGAGAGCUUCAGCAGGUGCCAGGGACCAGCUGGGCUCCUGGGGUGCCUGUCCCUGGAGCUUCCUUCAGAGCAGCUUUGUGUUCCCAGCAGGGGGCUGGAGGCCAUGAACCAUGCUGGGCUGGGCCAGGGGGCAGAGAGUCCUGCAGCUGCCCUGGGGUGGGGUCUGUGCUGACAUGCUGCAGUGCCACCUUGUCCCUGCACUGCAUCAGUGACCCCCUCCAGGUGCCAGGGAGCAGGCACCCUCCAUCCCCUUGCAGGUGGCACCGCUCUGCCCUGCUCUUUGUUCUGCAGCUCUCCCAUCCCUCAGGGAGGGUUGAGACCCUGGAACAAGUUGCCCAGGGAGGCUGUGGCUGUCCCCUCCCUGGAGAUGUUCCUGGCCAGGCUGGAUGAGGCCUUGAGCAACCUGGGCUGGUGGGAGGUGUCCCUGCCCAUGGCAGGGGGUUGGAGCUGGAUGAUCUUGGAGGUCCCUUCCAACCCACCCCCUCCCAUGAGUCCAUGCCCACUGGGAAGCUUCAGGUGCCAGGGGUGUGCUGGUGGAGAGCCACCAGCAGGCUCUGGAGGGUCUGGCCAGAGCAGGGUCAAACCCAGAGGUGUGUACCAGGGCCUCUGGGUGCAUCAGGGAUGGGCUGAGGGCAAAGCGUCUCUUCUGUGACUUGGACAAGGACCUUCUGCCACUGCUGUGUCCACUCCAGUGCUCCAAAUAAAGCU